AUGGCGACAAAGCUCCCGCGAACGCAGGUAGCUUUCGCUUGUUUGAUCGAUGCGACGCACUUUUACACCGUCUGCUCGCUCUUCAGUUAUGCUGGUAUCCUAUGUGCCGACCUUGGGUGGGUCCCUGACCGAAAUGAAGCUGGGUAUUUGGCAGGAUGGCUGCAAUCUUCAAACAUCUUCGGGCGCAUGUUGACAUCUUCAAUAUGGGGUUACGUUGCUGCACGUCACGGCUUCGACGUCGUCUUGGUCGUUACCUUGUUGUCCCUCCUGGUGGGUGGUCUGCUGUUCGGGUUUUGCAGAUCGCUUGUACUUGCCAUGCUGGUCCGCUUCAUGUUCUUUGGUCUCACACACGGCUGGGUGGCCAUCAUGGGCCCAUACUGCGCGAGUGUCGCCGGGGACAAACGCCAACAGGAUGUGAUCGGCAUCGUCAUCGCGGUGGGGACAGGGGUGCAGCUGGUGGGGCCUGCCGUCUCCGGGUGGACCUAUGCCCUGGUUCCAAGUUUCCCAGCGCUGGUUCCAAGUUUACUCGGGGCGCUCCUGGCCUUGGUGUCUAUCUCCCUCUACUCUCUGCUACACUGCAGGGCUAAGGGGGCCUGGGGCAGGUCAGAGAUAUCGCAGAAUGAAGGGAGAGCAGCCGCCAGGGAGGAAACCACAGCUUCGAAGCGUUCCAUGCGACGCACCGUACAAAGGUGGCCCAUCCCGCUUGUCAUCUUCAUGCGCUUUUGCCAGGGAUUUGCCCAAUUCGCCAUCUUCGAGGUUGCUCCGCUGUGGAUGAUUUCGGACAAGGCAGUGGGAGGCUUGCAGAUGUCCCAAAAAGAGGUGGGCGUGUUGCUUGCAAGAUCUGGCCUUUGGAACAUCUUCUACUUCUCCUGUGUCUUGCCCAGAUUGACGACAAGGCUUGGUGGACGAUGCACUUCCAUCAUCGUGAGUGUUUUCGGCAUCAUAUUUUCCGCGUUGUUGCCGUUCUGCACCACCGAGCUGACAGCCAACGUGGCGCACUUACUUGCGACAUCCGCCUGCUUAUCGCAAGCAGCGAUGAUGCUUGUCUUCACAAACAAUGCUGCUGGUCCAGCAGAUCGUGCCAUUGUGAGCGGCCUGGCCGUGACGAUAGACACAACUGGUAAGGCAAUUGCCCCGAUUGCAACGUCCACGCUCUUCGCCUGGUCAAUUAAUGCAUGGGGCUUGGCAGGUCAUGGACUCGUCUUCUACAUUCUGGCCGGGCUCUCCUUGGUGAUCCUCCUUUGCACGGCGCUGCUGCCGGCUUCUGUAGAAAACGAGCCGACGGUGCUUGGGGGAGGUGCUGGCGCCGAGUCCAGUGAAGGGACCAUCUACGGCGCCUCUGAGUCCAAUGAGAGCUCAGAGAGCGCCGACUCCGACGCCAGAUGCUGA